CCACUGGUGAAGACGGAAGUCCGAAGUCGGUCUUGUUCUUCCUAAAUCCGCAAAUCGCAGAACGGAAUAACCAGAGCGAGAGCCGCGCAGGGCCAGAGACCCGCCGCCACUCGUCGUCGCCCAUCGCCCUCUGUCCGCGGUCCGUCUGUCCGCCGCCUUCGUGAGCCCGGCUGACCGCGCCGUGCCGUGCUGCCCGCCGCUCCACUGCCCUGCUCCGCUGCCAGUCUCCCAGUCCGGCAGUUGGCAAUCUCAUUAUCUCAAUCUCGCUGACUCUUUCUCUUGACAGUCAGCCUCAGCCACAAGCCUGGCACGAUCCAACAAACGGAUACAGGCAGGUCUUGUUCCUACCUGCAUAUUGUUUCCCAUGUCGCCUUCAGAGAAUCCGUUGCAGCUUAUCUCCCAAUCAUUCGAGAAGGUAUCAAAUAGCAUCCAAACCCAUCUCUCCCACUUCCUACGAUUUCCAAACACUACAAACCCACCCUUUGGUAUUUCCACUACUUCAAUAUCAAACGACUUGGCUCCAAGACGUGCCACCUCAGAUCUUCUCCAACCCACUCCAAUUCCAAAGAACAAAACGUUUGAUGGCCCAGUGAUUAAAGAAGAACUUGGAAGGGCCACUUGGACCUUUCUUCACACUCUUGCAUCUCAGUACCCAGAGAAGCCAACCAGGCAACAGAAGAAAGAUGUGAAAGAAUUGAUGGCAAUUUUAUCUCGCAUGUACCCUUGUCAGGAGUGUGCCGAUCAUUUUAAAGAAGUUUUGCGAUCAAAUCCCGUCCAAGCUGGAUCCCAAGCUCAGUUUUCACAAUGGCUUUGCCGCGUUCACAAUAUUGUUAAUAGAAGUUUGGCUAAACCUAUUUUCCCCUGUGAACGGGUUGAUGCACGAUGGGGUAAGCUUGAUUGUGAGCAGCGAACCUGUGAUUUGCAAGGAAGCGACAAGUUUUUCUAACGAAGCAUAUGCUAUGAAUUAGUUGCACCGGGAAAUCUUUAGCCGUGCUUGAAUCUGCUAUGUUCUUUGAGAGCCAAAGAUGUAAAGUCUAUACAGGCAGGCAAUGUGAGAACAUACAUGGUAAACCAUUAAGGGUGGUCGAAUCGGUUGAAUUAGUGAUUGAGAGAUCACGAAUUCAUUCCCCUACCAAUACCUUCUCGGUCGAGCCAUCAUAUAGGGCCUGACUAGUACGGAGUAUGUUUUAAUUUGUUAGCACUUCUAUGGGCCCUCAUCGCCAAAAGAAAAGCAUACAGGUAGAGUUGUGUCCGGUUACCAAAUCAAUAGAACUUGUGAUGAACCUUAUGUAAUGUACGAGUAUUCCCUAAUUUAAAAGGCCCAAUUGUCAAAGUUAAAAAGAUAUUAUGUUACAAAAUAUCAAAGAUAUUGUAAUUUUGAUAAAUAAGAAAUCUUUUCAUGAACCAACAAA